AUGACCUACGACCAAUUUCUCAUCGUCGACUGCCCGACGGAAUACAACGUCAUCAUAGGGCGAACAACACUAACCAGAGUCAAAGCCCACUUGUCCCCCCACAUGUUGCUGAUGAAAUUCCCUACCCGCAACGGUACUGGCAUUAUUCGGGGUGACCAGCUCAGCGCACGGACGUGCUAUGCCACUGCUCUCAAAUCGGUAGCUUGCAAGCCGCCAAUGGAAGCCAUGUUUGUGCAAGGACUACCGAACAGUAGUGGGCCCAUAGAUGACCCAAGAGAGGAAACGCCAAUGCUGGUGGCGCAGCCUGCAGAAGAGCUCGAAACGGUGAUCCUAAACGAGGAUUUUCCCGAUCGGUGGGUAAAAAUUGGCACCAACCUAGGUCCCGACCUAAGGAGGCAGUUCAUCGACUUCUUGCGGCGACCGGCAGAGGUCUUCGCUUGGUCUUACGAUGAUAUGCCCGACAUAUCACCAGACGUCAUCAGCCACAAGCUCAGCAUCUCCCCCGCCCAUAAGCCGGUCAGACAAAAACGCCGUUCGUAUGAUGCCGAACGGUACGAGGCUAUGAGUACCGAAGUUGCCAACUCAGUCAUGGUUCAAAAGACCAAGGGAGGAUGGCAAAUGUGUCAGGACUAUACCGACCUGAACAAGGCCUGUUCGAAGGACAGCUUCCCAUUGCCAAGGAUCGACUAG